AGCUUCGAAAGCUCAUGCCAAGAGUCAAAUUCAAAGAAUAGCUACUGGUUCCCUUAGCUAUCCCACCUUUUCAACCUGCACAAUAACUACUCGAGUACUAUCACGAUGAAAUCUUUAUAAUUGUGCUAUUCUUACUUUCCGUGGCUCAAGGCCCAUUCGAUCAUUGGCUGUCGUGCUUGCCUAGAUUUGUAUUUGGACUCUAUCGCCGAAGUGAGGGGCAAUGGCUCCUGGGAACGACCAUCCUCCGACGAACCGACCAACAUUUCAGACUCGAACUGCGGUAGAUGCUUCUGGCGAGUUGAAUAGGCGGUUCUCCGUUUUUGUGGACGACUCUGCUCCAUCUCAGGAAGCCCAGUUGGGCAGCGAUGGACCUGCUGGUAGCAAUGAGCUUCCGGGCCCUGGCACCUCAAAGGGCGGCGGCAGUAUCUUGUCGUCGCCAUUCAACUUUACAAAGCGAGUUUUGAAUAUCCACAAUGGCUCCAGCGCGACCGAGACCACGCCGUUACUGCGAAAGCGAACAACGGCCAACGGGCAGAAAUCACAAGCAUCACCGACACGGGCAGACCUACACACAGACCAAAGAAAUCCUGAUGGCGAUGAUAAGCGAACAAAGCCUGGGCUGGGCCCAAGGCCAGUUGGAGGUUCUGACAAGCUUGGGACUUUCUCAGGAGUGUUCGUACCAACAUGUUUGAAUGUGCUGAGCAUUCUUAUGUUUUUGCGUUUUGGGUUUAUAUUAGGCCAAGCAGGAGUUCUUGGUAUACUAGGAAUGCUCGUGGCCGCUUAUUCCAUCGAUCUCAUAACGAUAUUCUCUCUCUCUGCAAUUGCAUCGAACGGCACAGUUCGUGGAGGGGGGGCCUAUUAUCUCAUAUCAAGAUCACUGGGCCCAGAAUUCGGAGGUGCAAUAGGGCUCGUCUUUUACAUGGGCCAAGUCUUCAAUACUGGUCUAAACGCAGUUGCGUUGGUUGAUGCCAUUCAAAAUAAUAUUGGUGCAGCCACCGGAGACUGGGCUCGAAUCUUACCAGAAUCUCAAGGCUAUAACUAUCUGUGGGCCACUGUCGUGCUUCUUGUAUGCACGGGCAUAUGCCUUGCAGGAAGCGGCGUCUUUGCUCGUGCCAGCAAUGGCUUGCUUAUCAUUUUGCUCAUUUCCACUAUGAGCAUCCCAUUUUCUGCAUUGGUUAUGGCACCAUUCGAGAGCCGGCAACUUGGCAUUCAGUUUACUGGAAUGAGCUUGGCUACUUUCAAAGGCAACCUUUUCCCUCGUUUUACCAAAGGCGCUGCUGGCAGCCAGUCAAAGGGACGAGAAAGUUUCCAAGGGCUUUUUGGCAUUCUAUUCCCAGCAACUUCAGGAAUAUUUGCUGGCGCAAGCAUGAGCGGAGAUCUUAAACAUCCUAGCAAAGCUAUUCCGAAAGGCACUUUAUGGGCCUUGGCUCUAACAUUUGUUUCGUACACACUUGUUAUACUGUCAUUGGCCUGCACGGUGACCAGAGCCUCAUUCGUUGCGGAUAUCAAUAUUAUUCAGGAUACGAACGUUUCUGCGGUUCUGGUUUUGGCAGGAGAGUUUGCAACCACCUUCUUUUCAACAUUGAUGGGUGUUAUCGGAUGUGCUAAGCUUAUGCAAGCUCUUGCUCGAGACGAGCUCUAUCCUGGGCUAAGCAUCUUUGGACAAGGAACUAAGAAAGGCGACGAGCCUGUAUAUGCGAUUUGCUUCACUUAUCUCGCAGCGCAGAUUGUCAUGCUGUUUGAUAUCAACCAGAUUGCGUCAUUGAUCACCAUGGCAUACCUGAUGACAUUCCUGGUCAUGAAUUUAGCCACAUUCCUCCUCAAAAUAGGAUCUGCACCCAACUUCCGACCAUCUUUCCACUUUUUUAGUUGGCAAACCGCUUUUCUCGGUGCUGUUUUCUCUGGCACUGCAAUGAUUUUUGUUGAUGGGGUUUACGCUAGCGUUUGCGUGGCAAUUUUAAUAGUAUUGUUCCUCCUGGUACACUACACUUCUCGACCGAGAAGCUGGGGCGAUGUUUCCCAGAGUCUGAUUUACCAUCAAGUUCGAAAGUACCUUCUCCGUUUGAAGCCAGAGCACGUCAAGUUUUGGAGACCACAAAUCUUACUGUUUGUGAAUGACCCGCGGCGACAAUACAAACUUAUACAGUUCUGCAACUCCAUGAAGAAGGGCUCUCUAUAUAUACUGGGCCAUGUAGUUGUAAGCGAUGAUUUUGGGCGUGCGGUACCAGAGGCGAGACGCCAACAGGUCGCCUGGUCUAAAUAUAUCGACUUUUCAAACGUCAAGGCUUUCGUCAAUAUAGCAAUUUCCCCUACCUUGGAAUGGGGUGUGAGAAAUUUGUCCCUGAGUGCCGGGCUUGGAGGAAUGAGACCGAAUAUCGCCGUUAUUGGAUUCUAUAAUAUGGAUGACUUGAAUAAAUCCAAGUCUACAACACUGUCAUCGCCGAAGGAUACUGCUGGUACACAAACACCAUCAGAUGCAUAUGGCCAGGACGCUCCAAAGGACGGCCCAUCAGACGACACUAGCGGCUUAAAACUGGCGGCGCAGCUUCCAACUGACUCAUGCCAAACAGAGAGCACCACCAGUAUCAUGAGCUAUGUUACUGUUCUCGAAGACUUGUUGCUGCGCCUACAGAUCAAUGUUGCCGUCGCUAGGGGAUUUAACGGCCUCGAGAUUCCAAACCCUAAGGGCCAUAACAAGAAGAAAUAUAUUGAUCUCUGGCCUAUCCAGAUGUCCGCUGAAAUUGCUGCCGAUGGGCCAAUGAAGGCGAACUUGCUGACGACAAACUUUGAUACUUAUACCCUUAUCUUGCAACUCGGAUGCAUUCUUAACACAGUCCCAAGUUGGAAAAAGUCAUAUAAACUACGGGUAGCCGUCUUCGUGGAGUAUGAGACUGAUGUGGAGGAAGAGAGAAUACGUGUCAAUAGCUUGUUGGAAAAUCUUAGGAUCCAGGCCGAGAUUAAGGUCUUCUGGCUAGCUUCAGGAUCUCUUCCGACAUACGAAAUUAUUGUCAAUGGCAACAGCCCAGGCCCAAAGGCUGAGGCCGAAGUUGAUGAGUGUCUCAAGGACCAAGAGUGGUGGGAAGAAAUGCAAAACAUCAGAGGGAAGAGAGGGCAACCAUUGGGAAGCGGGCUAGGUCUUAAUGUGGAGAACCUGCUCGGAUCGUCUGCUUGGCCAGACGCAUCGUUCCAGCAGGGACCGAGGCAUGAAAAGGUUGAACGGUUCCUGGGCCUGAGGAAUCUUCUGCACAAAUCGAAGAGAAGACGCACCAUGAGCGGUUUCAGCAAGUUGGGUGUCAAUCUUGGCAUGCGUGCUCAAAGAUUACCUGCUCAACUUACGCACCGAGCCAGCUCAGAGCGUGAUUAUAGCGACUCGGAAAGUAGCAGCGAUGAUUCUGAUGAGGAUAACGACGACGAUCAGAGUAUUGCCUCUGAGGCCGACGCUGACGACCGUGAAUUUGAUAGCGAUGACGAUCUUCGAAGCCCUGCAAAACUUGUGAGGCGUAAGAGCCACGGAGAUGCUAUGCUGGGACCACGUUCGGCGAGGAACCUGAUUGCACCAAAAGAAUCAACUUUGAAGAACAAGUCUAAAUCGAAUACCGUGUCUAAUACGACUACACCAGCUAGGUCUCUGAAGGAUUUUGAUACGUCAAGCGGGACUCCAUCUAUCAAGGAGGCACAGGAGGAUGCAAACACAACUACUGCCACAUCAUCGAACAUGGAACCUCCUCCCCCCCGGAAACUUGAAGAACGGUUCUCGGCACUUCGUCAAUCUCCUAGCAAAUCACAGCUUUCGCCAACAACACCAUCGCAUGCUAGCGGUGCCAGAGAGCGACCAAUUUUAUCUCGCCACGCUUCAAGCCAGAAAUUCAGUUCCAAGCCGGUACCAGUCUCCCAAGUUGCCACCCAGGAUGGUGCAGGGCCUUCAAUCAUGUUUAUUGAUACCCCUUCCCCACCAACUAAACGCAAUCGUCUCCAAUCAGCGUAUCGCUCUUCCCAAGACAACAACGACGAUGCCACCUCAUCUAACAACCCUUCGUCGUCGCCACCUAAAUCUCUUGGGUCGACGUACUCUACACAAUCUCUCCCGUUGUCUUUCAACGAUCUACCAUGCCGAGCACAGCAUCUGAUCCUCAAUGAACUUAUGAGGCAGAAUAGCAAGGAUACUGCGGUGAUGUUUACGACGCUACCAAGCCCAUCGCCAGGGACGCAUCAAGAUGAGGAAGCUUGCGUAGCAUACAUUAGCGAUUUGGAGGUUCUAGGCCGGGGGUGCCCGCCAUGCUUGAUGGUGCACAGUAACAGCAUGACUGUUACGAUGAGCCUGUGAGUUUAUAGAGUGAUUUUCGUAGUUGGUUAUAAGCGUUGCACAAUGUUUCGGUGGUGUUUGGAUUGAUAGCGAAAUAAAUACCAAGAAUAGGUUGACAAGAGAUGUCAUUACAUAUGUAGAAGGUCAGGUAGACCCCAAUCUUUAGUUCUCGAGCUUGUCGUGGUUGUAUUAUGGUUAUUUCACGUAUUUAGAGCUAGUUCGGAGACAAGGACAAAUAGAAUUUAUAUUAAAAAGAG